AUGCCAGAUACCAAGACUCGAGAGCCCUAUGUCAGGCUUGCUACAACAUCAGAAUUCAACGAAUUCAUUGACACUGCGCAAAGAGCAUUUAUCGCUGAUCCCGUUUACAAUUACUUUGGAAACGUCAAAAAGUUUCUAGAUUUAGAGAAAGAUCUGAAGCCAUGCAAACCCAGACGAGCAAUGAUAGCUUUCCUAACGAAGGCAUGCCAUAUCAUUGGAGGACGAAUUACAGUUGUUGUCGAGAAGAAAGAAGGUUCGGAAGAGGAACGUAUCCUCUCAGGGUGUCUCUGGCUUCCACCACAUAAACGUCUGGAGGCUUGGAUGGUACCCACCAUUGUAAGAGCAGGAAUACUUCCGGUUCUGAAAGGUUGGGGUAUGACUGGUUUCAGACGCAUCGUGUUUGGCUAUCAAUCAGCUGCUGAAAAAAAGAUGAAAGAUGUUUUCAAAGCUGCAAAUUCCAAAGCUUCUCCUGAGGAAUCGUGGUACCUGGCGCUUGCAUUUACAGCACCGGAAGCUCAAGGAAAAGGGUUUGUUUCGCUCCUCAUUCGGGAGCAUAUUGCCUUGACUCCUAAUGCAAUUCUUACCCUUGAGGCCACGUCGAAAAAGUCUCGGGAUAUUUAUGCUCAUCUAGGCUUUGAGGCAACAGGAUUUGGAAAGGGAAAGGUUGACGCCCGCGGAAUCAACGCCAAAAAGGAGGAAGCAGUCGGCGUAGAAGUCUGGGCAAUGGCGAAGACAUUAGCAAUGUAG